AUGAUACGAUGGUUCGAGGUGCAGGACGAUAAAACAUACUUCUUCGGCUUCAAACUCCUUAAUCGGAAUAUCGUCACCGUAUUGGCGUUCGUCCAAUUGAUUGUGGCGAGCGUCUCGUUUGCUCAGCAUGUCUAUUCGGUCGCCUACUUUCAAAAGAUAUUCUUCUGCUCAUUCAACGAAACCGUUUCAAAUAGUGGAAAUUUUCUGUCCGCCGAUGUUAUUGUAUUCGAUUUUGGACUUUAUCAUGAGCUGAUUAAUGUGCAAGAGUGUAUUGCAAACUAUCUUGAUGGCGGAUAUAUGAGAUGUAUGUGGUGUUUCACCCAGAUGAUCGCCUUAUCAUUAACAAUAUAUACGACUUUAUGUGUCCCUAAACCGCAUCCUUUAUUACUAUGGCCGAUGCUAAUUAUUCAAAAUGCGUAUUGUUUUGGAUUGGUCAUUUUGACGAUCGCAACUGCAGAUAAACUUCUCGUCGCGCUUUUCCAUCCCGUCAACGCUCAUCUCAACUUAAUGAUACUGUACUUCGCGGUGGGAACCUGUAUCAACCACUUUUUCGAUUAUAUUCUUUGGCAUUACUACUGGUACGAGGAGUUUUUGUAUAUUGGAAGGACCGGCAAGCAUGUGAUUCCGUUUUGGGUCUGA